AUGUCGAUUGCCACUUACAUCAUAACUCACAUUUCCGGACAUCCAAUCGAACCACUGGCGAACAAGAAUCGCGAUGCUCUAUACGCUAGGAUGCAUCGCGACUUGUUGAAUAGAGAGAGAAGAACCUAUGGAUUAGAUUUCUCACGGUUUACGUUUGACAAGAACAUGAAUAUAACCGAAGAAAAGUGGCCCAUUCAACAAACUUCUCAGGCUUCUCAAUCUCCCCGUCAAGCUCAUCCGUCGUUGUCUCCGCAAAUGAACGGUAUCUCGACGGAACCUUUUAUGCCACCUUUCUCCUACGAAGGCCAAACGUCCCAGGGUCAAAUCCAAAGUUCACAAAUGUGA